AUGCCGGGGCUGCCCCUGCCCUCGGCGGAGCGCUGCCCGGUGGCGGCCGUGCAGACCGGCUGCUGGGAGGAGCUGGCCCGGGCCUCCCCCUGCCCCGUCUGCCGCAAGACCUUCCGCCACCGCACCCUCAAGCCCAACCGGCAGCUGGGCAACAUGGUGGAGAUCGCCAAGCAGCUGCAGGUCACCAAGCGCAAGGUGCGGGACGAGAGCCUGUGCGGGAAGCACAACGAGGCGCUCAACCUCUUCUGCAAGGAGGACCAGCAGGCCGUCUGCCUGGUGUGCGAGAUCUCCCACGACCACCGCUCCCACACCGUGGUGCCCCUGGACGACGCCUCCCUGGAGUACAAGGAGAAGCUGCAGCAGUGUCUGGAGCCGGCUCACUGCAAGUCCCAGGAGGAGAAGAAACCUGGAGAGCUGAAGAGGAAGGUGGAGAGCCGUCGGCAGCUGAUCAUGAGCGAGUUCGAGGAGCUGCACCAGUUCCUGGAGGAGGAGCAGCGGGUGCUGCCCCAGCGGCUGGAGGAGGAGGAGAAGGAGAUCCUGCAGCGGCUGAAGGACAACGUGGCCCAGCUGUCAGACCAGCGCCUCUCCCUCAACCAACUCAUCACCGAGAUCGAGGAGAAGUGCCUGCAGUCGGGCAUCGAGAUGCUCCAGGACAUAAAGAGCACUCUGGAAAGGUGCGAGACGAUGCGGACCAUGAAACUGGCCUCGGUCCCCAUUGAGCUGGAGAAGAAUUUCUGUAGCUUCCCCCGGCAGUACUUUGUCCUGCGCAAGAUCAUCAAGAGACUGAUCGGGGACGUGACCCUGGACCCCGACACGGCCCACCCCAACCUGGUGCUGUCCGAGGACCGCAAGAGCGUGAAGUUCGUGGACACACGGCUGCGGGACCUGCCCGACACCCCCCGGCGCUUCACUGUCUACCCCUGCGUCCUGGCGACCGAGGGCUUCACCUCAGGCCGCCACUACUGGGGGGUGGCGGUCUGCAAGGACUCGGUGAGCCGCAAGGGUGAGCUGAUGGCCCUGCCCGAGACGGGCUAUUGGCGGGUACGACUGUGGAACGGCGACAAGUACGCGGCCACCACCACCCCCUUCACCCCACUGCACCUCCCCGUCAAGCCCAAGCGGGUGGGCGUCUUCCUGGACUACGAGGCCGGGCGGGUGUCCUUCUACAACGUGACCGACCGCUCCCACAUCUACACCUUCACGGACACGUUCACCGAGAAGAUCUGGCCCCUCUUCUACCCGGGCAUCCGCGCCGGGCGCAAAAACGCCGCCCCGCUCGUCAUCCGCACCCCCACGGACUGGGAGUGAAGGGGCCGGAGGCCGCUCGCGCCAGCCUCCUGGAGCCAGGCCGGAGGCUGGGAUCUGGUGUCUGCUGCCCGCCCGCAUGCUCGAUGGGCGAGGUAGCGCUUCCUGCCCUCCUGUGUAUUGGCCUGGGCGGGGGCAGAAAUGGAUUGCAGGAGGCCCCUCCCUGCAGACUGGAGGGGAAGGGACCUUGCUGGUCGUGCUUUGAUCUGGUCCUGCCCCACACGCUGCAGCCAGCUGUGAAGGAACGCCCUUCCGUCUGCCCCACCGCUGUCCAGCCAGACAUCCUGGCUAGGAAGUGACGGAGGCACUGCUUUGCCCCCCGCGGGGACCUCACAGCUCCCUGACACCACUGCCUUUCCAGACUG